AUGGCCCCGCCUCACCCCCCACCACCCCUCGAGGGGAAGAAACGACGAAUUGCGAUGAUGACUAGUGGUGGUGACUCUCCCGGCAUGAAUGGAGCAAUCAGAGCGGUGGUCCGAAUGGCCAUUGAGAAAGGCUGCGAGGCAUACUGUAUCUACGAAGGAUACGAGGGCUUAGUGCAAGGAAAGGACUUCAUAAAGAAAUUCGCCUGGUCGGAGGUGCGAGGCUGGCUAUCUGAGGGAGGCACACUGAUCGGGACGGCCAGAUGUAUGGCAUUCUAUGAACGUCCUGGCAGAUUGACAGCUGCCAAGAACUUGGUCCUCAACGGCAUCGACGCCCUCAUUAUCUGCGGUGGUGAUGGUUCUUUGACUGGUGCUGACAAGUUUCGUGCCGAAUGGCCAGGCUUGUUGGAGGAAUUGGUUGCUACCAAGGAAUUGACCGCAGAACAGAUCCAACCUUUCAAGCAUCUCAACAUUGUUGGACUUGUGGGCUCGAUUGACAACGAUAUGUCUGGAACAGACGCUACAAUUGGAUGCUACUCGGCCUUGAGCAGGAUAUGCGAGAUGGUAGAUUACAUUGAGGCCACUGCCUCUUCACAUUCCCGAGCAUUCGUCAUUGAGGUUAUGGGCAGACAUUGUGGCUGGCUGGCACUCAUGGCAGGUGUUGCAACGGGUGCCGAUUUUGUCUUCAUUCCGGAGAGGCCGAGGGCGGAGAACUGGAAGGAAGAGAUGUGCAGGAUUGUUGCCAGGCAUAGACAAAUCGGAAAGAGGAAGACUAUUGUUAUCGUUGCAGAAGGUGCCCACGACCAAGAAGGCAACAAGAUCGACUCAGUAAUGAUCAAGGAACUUCUUGCCGAUAAGAAGGGACUGGCUUUGGACACCAGGAUCACGACACUCGGUCACGUACAGCGAGGAGGUGUUGCAUGCGCCUAUGAUCGCUAUCUCUCGACUCUCCAGGGUGUGGAAGCUGUGAAUGCUGUCCUUGAGGCCACGCCCGAGACUCCAACCCCAUUCAUUGCCAUUACGGAGAACAAGAUCACCCGGAAACCCUUGGUUCAAGCUGUCUUGGAUACCAAAGAGGUAGCGAAAGCUAUCGAAGCUAGAGAUUUUGACAAAGCUAUGAGUCUGCGGGACACGGAAUUCUCGGAUGUCUACAAUUCCUACAUGACUACGACAGCUACAGGUUUGGAUGAGAAAAUGAAGCUCGCUGAAGAAAAGCAUAUGCGAAUUGCCAUCAUACAUUGUGGUGCUCCAGCUGGUGGUAUGAAUGCCGCCACCCGAGCAGCAGUCGCAUACUGCAUUACUCGUGGACACGCGCCAAUUGCCAUUCAUAACGGAUUUGCCGGAUUUGCCCGUCAUCAUGACGACAAGCCUCUUGGAGCAGUGCGAGAAUUCGACUGGCUCGAGGUUGACGGUUGGGCAAGCAAGGGUGGAUCAGAAAUUGGCACAAAUCGCGAACUUCCUUCAGAAUCUGGAAUGGAACUUAUCGCAGGUCUAUUCAAGCAAUAUAAGAUUGACGGUCUUUUCAUCAUUGGUGGAUUUGAGGGUUUCCACGCUCUCUCUCAACUUCGUCAAGCACAACAGCAUUACUCUUCACUCUGCAUUCCUAUGACACUCCUUCCCGCCACUAUCUCGAACAACGUCCCUGGUACUGAAUAUUCUCUUGGAUCGGAUACUUGCCUGAACGAGUUGGUUCGCUACUGUGAUACCAUCAAACAAUCAGCAUCUGCGUCCCGCCGUCGUGUCUUCGUCAUUGAAUCACAAGGUGGCCGUUCCGGAUAUGUCGCAACACUCGCUGGGCUCGCCGUCGGCGCCGUAGCAGUCUAUACUCCAGAAGAAGGUAUCACCAUCGACAUGCUCGCAGCAGAUAUCAACCAUCUAAAGCAAGUAUUCCGCGAAGAUUCCGGCCAAUCCCGCGCAGGCAGACUCAUCAUCGUCAACGAGAAAGCCUCCAAGGUAUAUAGCGCCAAGCUAAUCGCCGACAUGAUCCGCGAAGAAGCAAACAACCGAUUCGAAUCCCGCGACAGCAUCCCGGGACACGUCCAACAAGGAGGAACCCCCUCCCCCAUGGACCGCACGCGCGCCGUCAGGCUAGCAAUCAAGUGCAUCGAGCACCUCGAGAAAUACGAGGACCGGCGCGACGCGAAGAUCCUGGAGGAUCCGACGGCCGUUACCGUGAUUGGUAUCAAGGGGGCCAAGGUCGUCCUGUCGCCCAUGAAGGACGUCGAGGAGAACGAGACGGAUUGGAAGAAUAGGCGGCCGAAGGAUGAGUAUUGGUUGGAUCUUAAGCAUGUUGUUGAUGUGCUUAGUGGGAGGCCGGAGAUCCCUAGGCCGCCGGAGAGUCCGCUUGAUGGGUGGAAGGCGAAGGAUAAGAAGAGGGGGUUGAUUUGA